AUGUCGCCGGAGGGUAACCGGAGAAGGAGAAGUUUACGUUCCAAAAGCGUGUUGUCCAAUGGAGCCUGUGGGAAAAAUGGAGUUCAUGGGCUUGUUGGCUUGGAGAUGACGGCAUUAAGAAAAUCAUUUAAUGGUGGGACCAAGUAUGAUUUUGACAAGUUCAUAGCAGAUUCCAUCCCAGAGCAAUACGCAAUUAAAGUGUUAAAUGACGAGAAGGAGUUGGAUGAGUAUCUGGAUUGCAGGGAGUUGAGGGAAUACAAUCAAAAAGGGGCAGACUUCUCCUUCAAAGAGAUGGCCGAACAACUGAAGGGGAAGUUCCAAACCAAUUUGGUUGAGCAUCCACGGGAUAAACCAUUAGUGAAAAUAUACAAAGUAUCAGACUCUGAUGCUUUAGAUGACAGCCUAUAUAGUGUAACAAACGAAAAAUUGGCGAAGCGAGAGAAACGCUACAUGGCUGCAGAUAAGGUUCGGUUGUUGACAGAAGUCGAUGACUGUAUUGAAGUACUGUCUUUACUGGGGAUAGACAUCAGAAAGGGUAAUAUGAAGAGUGUCCUCAGCUCAUAUAUAGUUGAAGAUAAUGAGCUUAGUGAUGAACAGCUAUUCAGGCUGAGCCAUUUAUUGGGUACUAUUACAAAAAUAAAUGAUCCAUUAGACACGCAUGAGAUGAUACUCAAAUAUAGACUCACUGUACGAGAGAUUCGUUCAUUUUUGCUGAGGUAUAUAAAGAUCAAAACAUUGGAGACAUUACUGAAAAAAGAGAUGAAUUACCUAGGAACAACGGAGCUCUACUCUGAGCCAACUACAGAACAGGAUAUCGAGGCUCUUAAGGAGAAACGUUUAAGAUAUCGAGACCAGCGGAUAGGGAAGGUUGUUAAAGUCAAAUUCAAGGAGGGUGUAGAGCUUAAUAUUGAUCCAAUUUCCUCUCCCACAGUGUCAGUUCGAGACACAAAGAAACCCAGGUGGGAGAUGAAGCACACAUAA